AUGAGGUCUGCUAUUGGUGCAUUGCUAGUUCUAGCACUGUCAACCACGACUUUGGCCGAUGAAUUAUAUUUGAAGACAACUAUAGGUACAGAUUCAGGUGCUGCUGAAUUCUGGACUUGUUAUGAAGGUAUCGAAGACUAUGUUUACGACUACACCCCUCUAAUGUUGGCCGAAUAUAGUACCUAUUAUGAUGCCAUGUGCGGCUAUCCACCUGCGGUUGCUACCCUUUUGAACUGUUGUUUUAGCUUGGCAGAAGACAAGGGAGACCAAUUCCAUGAUACGGUUUUCAAGUAUGCUGCAACCUCAUGUAAACGUUAUAGUUCUUACCAUUAUUCUUGGACUUACUAUAAGGAUCAAUACGAGAAUGGUACAAAAUACUACGUUCCACUGGAUAAUAUUAAAAAUAUUUCAUUACCAUUGUAUGCACCAACUAAUGCUAACAUCACUGCAAUUGAGCCAACUUAUGUCGGUUAUAAAAACUACUACUUCAACUUGGAUUCUGGUACUUGGUUUUCUGUUGGUAUUUGUGGUUACUUUUUGUUAUUGAUUGUCAUAUCUGCUAUUCAUAAUUUUUCCAGAAAGACUGCGAUCUCCAAGUCAAUCAACAACUCUCCGUUUGUCAAGGUUUUGCAGAAGUACAUCAUUUUCCCAACGGUUUUACCUAAUGGUAAAUUUGCACAAGCCUAUGGCUGGAAAUACUUUUCACUUCUAUUCCCUAACAGAAUCCAAUUUGUAACCGAUUUAUUUAUCUUUGCUCUUCAAGUGGCAUUCUACUGUGUUGACUAUCGUCAAAAUCAAGGCUACUGGUUUGGCCCAGCCAGAACAACCUGGCAGAGAUUCUUGGGUGACCGUACUGGUAUUAUGGCGUUUGGUAAGAUUCCGUUGUUGAUCUUGUUUGCAGGUAGAAACAACUUCUUAUUAUGGAUUACUGGUUGGUCAGCAGCAACAUUCUUACAUUUUCAUAAAGUGAUUGCAUCAUGGAUGGCUCUUGAUGCUUUGAUUCAUUCUUGUGCAUACACAGCAUAUUCCAAGGGUUCCUAUGUAUCAAGUUUAAAACAAACCUAUUUUGCUUGUGGUGUUGCAGCAACUGUUUUAUGCGGCGUUAUCUUACUCCAAGCGUUCCAUCCAUUCAGAGUGUGGUAUUAUGAAUAUUUCCUCACGUUCCACGUUGUUUUAGCAAUUGCCUUUCUCAUUAUGUGCUGGUACCACUGUAACACGCUUGGUUGGAUGGAAUGGCUUAUUGCCGCAUGUUGUGUUUGGUUUUUUGAACGUUUGUUAAGAGUUAUUCGUAUGUUUGGUUUUGGUUGGAAGACAGCUACUAUUUCGGUUGUUGAUGAAAACUUAAUGAAAAUAAAAGUCCCAAAACCUUCUUGGUGGUUCCAUCAACCAGGCACUUAUUCUUAUGUUUACUUUGCAGGUUGGAUAUUUUGGGAAAACCAUCCAUUUACCACAGUUAUUGAAGGAGAUAAUCUGUGCUCUUAUAUUCGUGUCAAGAAGGGAAUCACUUUUAGGGUUUGGAAUCAGCUGGUGGCUAAUGGCGGUAAAAUGAACUGGAAAGUGUGCCUUGAAGGUCCAUAUGGUGGUGACUGUGCAUCUAAAUUGAAAAAAUAUGAUGAAGCUUUACUCAUUGCUGGUGGUUCAGGUGUUCCUUCCAUAUUAGAGAAUGCCGCACAGGUUUCCAAGGGUAAAUUCAUUUGGAUUGCACAAACAUUGAAGUCUGUUCAAGUUUAUCAUAAUUUACUUGCACAAGUACACACGGAAAUCGAGAUCUAUAUUACUAGGGAACAAGGUACCGAUAAAAUAACCACUUUAAGCGAGUUAACCAAUUUAGAAGAACCGACUACAGAAAGUUCUGAGAAGGAGUCUGACAUUGAAAAAACUACAUCAAGUGGAGGUGUUAACAUUUUUUAUGGACGUCCAAACAUGGGUGAGCUGCUUGAUUAUAAUGUUAGAAAUGCAUCUGCAAAUAAUAUUGCUAUCAUCUCAUGUGGUCCACCCGCACUUACCGAUGAGGUCCGUAAUAUAGUUUCUUCCAAUGUUACAUCAUGGGACAAGUCUAUUGACUACUUUGAUGAGUUGGAAGUUUGGUGA